AUGAGUCCAUAUCACACAAGAGGCAUCACUGCGCUCCUGGCAGAAAUCAUUAGGACCGUGAGAAUCACAGAGUGGCUGCCCUCAGGGAGGAAACAGGACAGCUGCUCGGAGACAGUGACUGGAGGGCAGCAUGGAAAGGUGCUGGCCCCCGACAAAGCAAUUAACACUUAUUCAUUGGAGUUUCUGGCCAACAGGAGGGUCCUGAUGCUCCUGCGACAACUGAAGAGGGUCUCCCCUUCCUCCUGCCUGCAGGACAGAAAAGACUUCACAUUCACCCAGGUGCUGAGUGGCAGCCAGUUGCAGAAGGCUCAAGCCAUCUCUGUGCUCCACGAGGUGAUCCAGCACACCUUCCAGCUCUUCAGCACAGAGGGCUCAGCUGCCGCAUGGGACCAGAGGCUCCUGGACAAGCUCUGCACUGCUCUGGAUCAGCAGCUCACUGACCUGCAAGCCUGUCUCAGGCAGGAGGAGGGGCUGCGAGGGGCUCCCCUGCUCAAGGAGGACUCCAGCCUGGCUGUGAGGAAAUACUUCCACAGAGUCACUCUCUAUCUGCAAGAGAAGGGACACAGCCCUUGUGCCUGGGAGGUUGUCAGAGCAGAAGUCAUGAGAGCCUUCUCUUCCUCAACAAACUUGCAGGAGAGAUUCAGGAGCAAGGACUGA